UUCCCAACCCCGGACUCCUGCCCCUCUGCUCAAUGCUUUCUCAAGCCUGCACUGACCUUGACACCAUGCACAGUCUUCAGAAGGACACUACCUUCACCAAGAUCUUUGUGGGCGGUUUGCCCUAUCACACUAACGACUCGUCCUUACGGAAAUAUUUCGAGGUGUUUGGGGACAUCGAGGAGGCGGUGGUCAUUACUGACCGGCAGACCGGGAAAUCCAGGGGCUACGGCUUUGUCACCAUGGCAGACAGGGUUGCAGCGGAUCGAGCAUGUAAAGAUCCCAAUCCCAUCAUCGAUGGUAGAAAAGCCAAUGUCAAUCUAGCCUACCUGGGGGCAAAACCAAGAGCCAUACAAACUGGAUUUGCUUUGGGCGUCCAACAGAUACACCCGGCUCUGAUCCAACGUCCCCUCGGGUAAGAGAGAGAAACCUUUGUCAUACAAGUGGCUCUGUACCCAGAAGGUUGUGCAUUUCUGUAGCAUCUCUCACCAUUUCAAGUUGCCCCAAAGCACACUACAGCCAAAGAGGCAUUCUGUAAUUUCUGCU